GCGGCGGCUGCUGUGGAGGAGGCUCCUUCCUGGCGGUGGCGGCUCCUCAGGCGGCGGCGGCGGCUCGGGCAGCUCAGGCGGCGGCGGUGGCUCCGGCUCCCCCCCGUCCCCCCGCGGGGAACAUGCGGCUCCGCUCCCGGAGGCUGGCGAGUGAGUGACCCCCCGCCCGGUCCCCGGUCCCCCCUCAGCCUGCCCGCCCGCCAGCCCGCCGGCCCGGCUGCCCCCCCCGCCUCGCUCAGGCAAUGACAGCGGCUCCGGCCUCCCCGCAGCAGAUCAGGGACCGGCUGCUGCAGGCCAUCGACCCCCAGAGCAACAUCCAUAACAUGGUGGCAGUACUGGAAGUUAUCUCCAGCUUGGAGAAAUAUCCCAUUACCAAAGAGGCACUUGAGGAAACAAGGCUAGGAAAACUCAUCAAUGAUGUAAGAAAGAAGACGAAAAAUGAAGAACUUGCCAAACGUGCCAAGAAAUUGUUGCGGAGUUGGCAAAAGUUAAUUGAACCUGUGACCCAAAAUGAACCGGUGCCAAGGGGAUUGCCAAACCCACCAGGGUCGGCAAAUGGUGGCGCUCACAACUGUAGACCAGAUGUGUCACCUGCUACAGUUCCAGGGUCCAAACCUAUUCAUGAGUUGAAAAAUAGAAAUGAUAUUCAAAAGCUAAACUCCCCGAAAACAGAAAAACUGGGAAAUAGAAAAAGAAAAGGAGAACACCGUGAUGGACAUCAAGGCCCUCCUUCCAAAGUUUCCAAAGCUAGCCAUGAACUGUUACAAAAUUCUUCUCCCCUUCCAACUAAUGGGAUUGGGGGGAGCCCUGAAAAUUUCCCUAGCCCUCUUGAUGUCAACUUGCACACAGGGCCUGAAAGCAGCAGGACAGAACAUAGUGAGAAUGAUAAACACAGUAAGAUACCAGUUAAUGCCGUCAAACCUCACACGAGUUCUCCCGGACUUGUAAAACCUUCCAGCACUUCCUCACAGCUAAAGACUACAGUGCUACAGCACCAUGAAAAGCCGGAAGAACCUACAGGGCAGCACCAACCUAAGAGUCCCCGCUGUUCAUUUAGUCCUAGCAACCUAAGGCAUGAGCCAUUUGUCCGGCAGCAUCCCACAUAUGCACCAAAGGGUUCUCUGCCUAGUCCAUCUCAAAGGUCCCACUUCUUAGAUGCUACACAGGCUUCAUCACCGUCGUCACGAGCACCGUCACUGAUGCAGCCCUCAACUCCUCCAGUAACUGCAAAAAGACCGGAGGCUUCCCAUCAAACUGGAGUGGAGACUUCUCAGCACUGGCAGGAACACACAUCUUCUGAAAGUCAUCAGCGGCAUCUAGGGACCCUUCAACAUGUUUCUCCUGGCUGCAAAGUGAGCUCACCCCCUGGGGAGACCCUGAUGCCACGAGUGGGAUUUUCCCCAGAGGCUUCCAAGAUGGACAGUGAUGACAAUGCUGCUUCUGGGUCUGACAGUAAGAAGAAGAAGAGAUACAGAUCUAGAGACUACACAGUGAACUUAGACGGACAGGUUCUAGAAGGGGGUGUCAAGCCUGUCAGGUUAAAAGAAAGAAAAAUCACCUUUGAUCCUAUGACUGGACAAAUUAAACCUCUAACACAAAAGGAUUCUUUGCAGGUAGAUAUCCCUGCCCUUGCUGACCAGCACAGGACAGAACCGGACAAGCCGGAGCAAAAAACGAAUCUGCAGAGUCCUUUUGAACAAACGAACUGGAAAGAGUUGUCCAGAAAUGAAAUAAUUCAGUCCUAUUUAAACAGACAGAGUAGUUUGCUUUCCUCAUCAGGCGUACAAACACCAGGAGCUCAUUAUUUCAUGUCUGAAUAUUUAAAGCAGGAAGAAAGCACUAGAAGAGAAGCUAGAAAGACUCAUGUUCUAGUGCCAAACAGUAUAUCCACAGACCUGCCUGGAGUUAGUAGAGAGGUCACAAAUGAUGACCUCAACAGAAUAAGGCAACUCCAUUGGCCAGGGGUGAAUGGUUGUUAUGAUACACAGGGUAAUUGGUAUGAUUGGACGCAGUGCAUAUCUUUAGAUCCACAUGGUGAUGAUGGUAGAUUGAACAUCCUGCCUUAUGUCUGCCUAGACUGAAUAUAAGGAUGCUAAAAUGCUUUCACAUCUGCAGUUAGCAAACACAGCGGGGCAGACUCCAUGAUGCUUAACAUGGAGAGUGCACCUCUUGUCCUGGAAAACAGGCCUGGAAGAGGGUCUCGAGGGGCUGAUCCUUUGUAGCUCUUCUGUCUAAGUUCUUCUUUUGUGAAAUGCUGCUACCAGUUUACUAACAAAAAUAGCAAAGGAAGGGCGUACGAAGGACAAAGAAUUGAGUUCAAAACUCUAUAGCAAACCAGCUAUAAAAAGUGUUAGUCCCCAAAAGGUUCAAAUGAUUUCCAGCACAUGUGAAUGCCGGAAUCUUAUCUACAGGCAGGUACAGAAUACUUGUGAAAGAGUUACCUUAAAAGUACGCAUCUAUUUAUUUGCAUUGAUUUUUUUUUUUUUUAAAUUUGGCAGUGAGAUGUCUGUGAGACAGUGUGCAACAGCUGUAGUUUUAUUUGUAUUUGCAUCAUCUCUCUGUUGAACGAUUGGGUUAUUUUAAGUCACAUGGUGCAGAGAUUUUUUUCAAACUGCAGCCAUGCACUACUGCAGUUAAUCAAUUUCCAACUUCACAUUCCGUAGGCAUCCACAUAUUUUAGUCUGGUUUCAGUUUAAAUCCAGUCUUCAAGAAAUGCUGCAAAAAUUUAGUUGUGUUUUUUUUUUUUUUUAAAGUCCCCACCCUUUCCCCAACCCAGUAGCCAAAUAAUUUUUAUCCUUUUUCCCUUCCUGCAAAUUUCUAGAAAACUUCAACAUUCUAGAGUCCAAAAAAUGUAACUGCGGGUGCUACUAGUGUGUAACUGUCCUGUGAGGGAAGAGGGAGCCUGUUUUGUAUGCUGGAAAUAUACUUGUUACCAUUCCUUUAGAUAUUGUUUGCCUUACGGAUAUUCAUCAUAAACGCGAUUUGCAAAAACAAAGAGCCUUAGUGAAUGUACAGUGACUAGACUUCUGUGUUCUUCAGAUGCAGAAGGGAGCAACUUUGCUAUUUGGUCCUUUAAGUGGACACAUUGUGAUAUAAAUGUGGAAAUAAAAAAAAUUUGCACAAAAAUGUUUGUGAAUUAUUAAUGAUAAAUGGUUUUUUCCCCCCAACUGUAAUCGUGGAAUGGUGUUUGCUCCUAAGAGUUGCUGUUGUAUUACGUCAUUAUCCUCUCCAUUUCCCCUUACCCAAGGCAGUAAGAAUACACUUGUAAGUAAAAAGAAAAAAACGGAUUUUAAAUAUAUGGUCCACAUAAAUGAGAGUUUCAUAUAUAAUCAUUGAGACCACUCCAUCAGAGCUAAGUAAAAUUGUGUCAGGAUUUAAUAUGCAAUAUGUCAGCAACUUAAAAGCUUCAGGUUCUGCUUAGGAAUGCUAUAUAAAGGUUAGUGCAGGCAUCUUGGAGUAUCUUAUUCAUGUAGGACAACUGCACAAGCUUCUUGUAAGUUGGGAAUAAAAAGCAUUUUCUUAGAAGGAAUCCAGUUAACUUUCUUUUGGAAAAUUGUUCCUCUACUACAAAUUCCAAUUGGGAUAUAAUCAACUCUUAGGAAAAUACACUUUUAAUUUCUGAAUUAUUGAUAAUUAAGCCAAGCACAUCAUGAACCAUCAGUUUAAUCAUAAGCUGUUUCUCUCCUCUCCCUGCUCCCUUCUCCGAAUAUUUGGGUUGAUUCAGUUACUAAUGCUCAGUCUAAUUCACUUCAAGUAUUAUUUAUUCAUUUACUCCCAACAAUUUAACAGAUUCUCCUACAACUCCUCCCCCAUUUUGAGAUUAGAAGAAAGUAGAGAUGGGAGUAAUCAAUCAAUACGUUUAUUAGGCACAUAAAUAUCACCUACUGCUAGGUGAUAGGGCUACAAAGACCAAAGUUGAAACAUUCUCUGUUCUCCAAGUAUGCGUAAAUUAUAAAUACAUACAGAAUAAAUAAAUGCACUGGAGGGAAGGAUAUGAGCAACUGAGGUGUCUGGAAAACUUGUGAGAGGGAAAGUGAUAAGAGUCUGGAAGGAAAUGAGAAGUUCUACAUAGCAGUGAUUACUAUAAGCAGUUAAUAAAACUGGCAAAGAUGAAAAGAAAAAAGUUACUGUUAGAAAUCAAGUCAUUAUUUCUGAAAAAUAUUUCUCUGCUAUGUAGAUGGCACCAAUAUCGUUAAGGGAGAUAGAAAAACAAGAUAAAACAUUGAUGCUUUCCCUAGGAAAGGGCUGCCAGCCUUACUGCCAACUGGCUGUUUGCCUACAAUGCAUCAGUAUCUUGCUUUUGCUCAUGUCUUAUUUGGACUGUAUUUGUCAGAGAAAUUUUCUGGGGGGGUUAGUGAGGGCAGGGGGUUGUACCACUAACCAGCCCAAGUGAUCACAGAUAAAUCUCAAUUUCUAAAUCUAUGAACUGGAGGCUAUUCAUAAGGAAAAGUAUGUGUAAACAAUUAAAAGAGUCUUUAUCUAGCAGCACUUUAAGACCAAUCUGUAAAAUUUUGGUGGCAGCUAGAUUUUGGCAGAAAUCUCAUUCCAACCCUCCUCCACUAAUCAGGCUACGAAACCAAACUAAAUGUGCAGGAAGCUUGUGUCUCAGUAAUCUUUUCUGUAAUGUGAGGUUUAAUUCUGUCUAGUAAAAUAGCUAGUGCUACUAACAAGCUUUGCCAGAUUCUUGUCUUUUGAAGAGACUUGAGCUGUCAGUCAGGAAACUUGGAAAUCAAUUCUCACUCUGCUACUCACUUGUUUUGCAACUUUGGACAAGAUUUCUCAAGCCUUUUAUUUUCUUCUCUAUACUGGAUGUAUACCAAUUAUAACUACAUUGAUAUUUUAAAA